AGCCGAGCCAAGCCAAGCCAAGCGCGGCCGGCUGGAGCGCACGAGCGAGAAGCGCCAUGGAGAGCCGGAGCGGGGCUCGGGGCGCGCUGCUGCUCCUGCUGCUGCUGCUGGCCGGGCCGGGGGCGCGGGGGGCGCGGGGAUCCCGGGGCGCCGACAAGCAGAACACCCUCCGGAGGGCGGCCAGCGGCGUCUACCAGGGCGCCAGCGGCCUCCUGGGCGAGGAGAACGUGCGCGCCCUGCAGAAGUUUUUCUCCAGACUGACGGAGCGAUUUGUAUACGGAGUGGAUGUUCUAGUAGAUACAUUCUGGAGGAUAUGGACAGAUCUUCUAGAUGUCCUCGGAAUUGAUGGAUCCAACCUGACCCAUUAUUUCAGCCACACCGCCCUCGCCAACAAUCCCGCUCGGGCCCUUUUGCUGAUCGGCGCCAUCUUGUUGGCUUAUUGGUUCGUGUCUCUUCUCCUUGGAUUCUUCUUCUAUCUCUUGCAUGUCCUGUGCGGGCGUUUCUUCUGGAUCAUCCGUAUCGUCCUCUUCGCUCUUUCCUGCGUCUACAUCCUUCAGAAAUACGAGAGCGAGCCUGAGCACGCUGUCCUUCCCCUCUGCUUCGUGGUCGCCGUCUACUUCAUGACGGGUCCCGUGAGCUUCUACUGGCGGAGGAACAGCCACAACACCUUGGAGGAGAAGAUCGACCACCUCGACAGCCAGAUCAGGCUUCUGAACAUCCGUCUGUCUCGUGUGAUUGAGAAUCUGGACCGAGGAGGCGACUAACGGGAGCAUCACCCUUUGCGCGGGAGACGGGCGAUUGCCAUGACGAGGCAGAUUUUGGGGUAAAAGUCGUGUGCACCAUCCAGCCGUUAGUCUUCGCGCGUAGCUUGUCCGCCCAUACCCUGAACGAAACAUGAAUGGACAGUAAGAUAGAUUAGCUGUACGUUCAGAGAUGUUCGUCCACGAGUAGAAUUUUAUCUGCUGUUUUCCAAGCAUUUGAAACAUCUUUUAUAAAAAAAAAAAAAGAAAAAAGAAAAGAAAAAAAUAAUAGGGAGGGAGAUUUGAUAAAGGCCAAUGGAGUCGUUUUGUUUCGAACAAGAAAAUUCUCUAUAAACCGGACGUCAGUUUUACCUUCGGAAAGAAGGAAGGAAACACGAAGAGUUCAAUCCGAGAGGAACAAUUGUGAGGAUCGGUUUUCCUUUCCUUCUUUUUUCCAUCUUGCCUUCAGUGAUCAUUUCAUUCUGUGCCUCGUUUUGUCUUUUUCAUAUAAUUGCGAAGGGAGAAAAAAUUAUUUGAGUCAAGGUCUCAAUAUGGUUCACCCUGAAUUUUGAAAGCAAGAUGAUGCAUCCUUCAGAGAUCAACCAGAAGCAUCAAAACUACCUCUGUAUUUUUUUUUCUCCAGUUUUAUUAAAAACGGUCCCUUUCUUUAGCCUCCACACAAACACACACACACACACAAACAGUCCACCUUCCUAUAAAUAGUUGAGCCCCUUCUCCAAAACCUCUCCUGCUAAAAUCUUCUGCCUGUACACAUUGGUUCCUCUUCUUCCUUGGCACAAUUUAAGCAAAAGACCUUGAGAAAGAAACUUGAGUGUCAGUCAGAUAAUAUUAGCUGUGGAGAACAAUUUUGUGUGCAUAACGGCAGAAGAGAAGUUGGCUUUUCAGAAUGGAAGUUACAUUUCUAUCGAAAUUAUGAGUUUGCCUGAAAAAAAGAGAAAGGCAGAAAUAACCCCAAGCAGCCUCAGCUUGACUCAUUUUUAAAACACCCCAAUCACGAUCAGUGACAGAUUAAAAAAGGAUUGCAAAAAAGAAGAAGAAAAGGUGGGAUACAGGAAUCUUUCUCAGGAUUAACGUGGCAAUAAAUUCCAUAAAAUUAUCAACUUCAGAAGGAUCUGUGCUUCGUUCAUCUAUCCAAAAUCUUUUUUUUCCCCACAAAAGAUAAUAUGGAGGAGAUGAUUGGGUUCAAUCCUUAAAAAAGCAGAGGCUAAUUUGGUUUGCCACGAAAAAGUUGCCCAAGGGACCAUUUGAGGUUUAUGAUAUAAAUGGUACCUGCAAAGUAGUAAACUAUCAGGGCCAGUUUCAGAGCAAUUAGCUUUGGUUCCCACGUGUUUCUAACCUCCAAAAACACAUAACUCUUUUUUGUUGGAAGACCUAUUCCACAGCCAGUCAUUUCCUAGGAAAACUGGAAGCUGCAGGAAUAGUUAGCAUCUCCUGGCCUCAUGAUUUUUUUGCGUGCUUGUGGAAGUGGGCAAUUAAUUUGCCUGGAUGACACUCAAGGGUGUGUGUGUGUGUUUGUGUAUAUAUAUAUAUAUAUACUGAUCUAAAUGACAUUAUAGACUUGUCAAGACUUGUGAGUUGGUAAGUGUCUCCUUCCUUCCAGAAAAACAACAACAUUUUUUGAAGGUUGACACUCGAGUCCCAAUCAUUCCCAAAUGAAGGCUCUAGAAAACACAAAACCGCUGCUUUUCUUCUGCAAUCGAAUUCUUCAAAUCAAAGAAUAAAGUCCCACAAUCUUUAUUCUUACUAUUCUAAAAGAAAAAGCAACUUGGAAUUUAGAGAACAUUGGUUAAAAUGAACUCCCUCCUUUAAAUCAGCUUCCUGUUAGUGGCGAUGCAGGAACUAGUAAAAAUAUAUAGAUGUAUAUGUAUAAAUAGAUUUGAUAUAUACAACAUUUUGUUUGGUAUAAGGCAAUAGUUGAAAAAAGAAUAUAGAGGUAUAUAUAUAUAUAUAUUGCCCCCGCUGCCUUGGUGCAGAUUUGGCUAAGUAAAAUUCUCUAUUAUGUAAAUUAAACAGGAGCACAAAUUAUUGUACUUGAAAUAGACUCUUCUUGCCAUUUUCUUGCAGAGUUUUGAAAGUGAAGAUGACCUUAAGUUAUUUUUUCCCCUUAUUCUAUAAAAAUACAAAUGUGCAUGAUUUUUUUCUGCUUUUAUUUUUCUUCUUGUUACUGUUCACUUCUCUUGUGGAUAGUACUAUUGUGGUAUUUUUUUCACCUUGCUCAUCUAGAGACCUAGAAAAUACCCUGCUUUGUUUUUAAAAAAAUGGAUGUUGGUAGCCUAUUUAUUCAAUAUAUAGGUUCAGGGAGAAAAAUUAAGCAUUGCAGUUAAUUAUUGAUGGCUGUGGUUGGCCAUGGGCAGUAGUAAGGUAUUUAAUUUGAUUUGUCAAUUCAGGGAAAGAGAGGUGAAAUGUUCAAACUAACCAGCUGCGAUUCUUUUCUUACAAACUUCAGUUUUUGAAUGAUAUAAAGGUGUUUUUCCCCCCCCCAGCCUGAAUUAAGAUUGGAUUUGCACUGUUGUUAAUUCUUAACAGUUUGGAAAAACAGUUUUGCAAUGCGUGCCAGCAAAUAAUUAUUUUUUUCCCUUCACGGCAAGGUCAGCCGAUCUUGGUUAAUUCUAAUUUGGAUUGUCCUUCAGAUCCUAGGCAUAAUUCUGGUUAGAACUACCCAUGGUAAUACUAACUAAUGGAAGCAAAAUACUAGAUGCCAAAGCAGGCCAGAGAAAGUGAGCGGGCUUUGCAUUCCUUAAAUAAUGCAAGAAUAUACAAAGCUAAUCCUCUUUUGUAUAGUUAAGAGGUAUUAGAUGUGCUAAAAUUCCACUUUGCCAAGAUUUUUACUUUCCUAGGAUGGUUUUCAUUCAAUAAAUAGACCGACUUUCAUUUUUUAAUCAUACAAAACAACUUAACAAACCCCAAUCUUGCUGGGAUAUUACAACGAUGGCAGCUCAAGGGAAUUUUUUUCCCCACCCGAGAAUUCCAGUCUUGUGUUAAAAUCAGUGUCGUGUAGACAUUUGUGGUGAACCAUCCAUGCCAGGGGUCUCCAACCUUGGUCCCUUUAAGACUUGUGGACUUCAACUCCCAGAGGAAAUCUGGGAGUUGAAGUCCACAAGUCUUAAAAGGACCAAGGUUGGGGAUCCCUGAUCCAUGCAAUUAUUGUGAUCGAUUGAGGCACAUCAGCCUGACCAAGAAAUAGAGCAGAACUACUGAAUUUAAUGUUUUUUGUUUAAAGUUGUCUUGGAUUUUGGAAGAUUGUGUGCAAAUAUGUGCUAAGAUAAUGUCAUACGUUUGCCUUUUGGGCUAUGAUUAGGUGGGUUUUUUUGCCAAAGCUGUUUUGUAGGCUGUCUUUAUUUGCUGGCUGUAGGUUAUCUUUUUUUUCUGUUGAUGAAGGUGAAAUGUGUUUUCUUGCCUGUUAAUUUGUAUUUUGCAGCUAAGAUUCUAUCUUAAGGGGCUUAUCUUCUUCUUUUAAAGAUCUUUAAUCUUUCUUAUGUUUUGCAUGAAACUUAAAACCGCUUCCUUGAUUCCCUGGAUCCUUGUUGCCAAGUGCCAUGUUUAAAAAUUUCCUGUUGUAAAAGCAGAAAUAUAUAGUAUGUAUGUAUAGAUAGAUAGAUAUCCCUGGAUCAUAACUGUUUUAUCUGCACUGAGUAUAGUGAUUGAUUCUUACCUGGACAUUUGAUCUCCUAAGUAUUAGGUUGUUUUUUUUAAAAAAAGUCUGUAUGGCAAAAUUAUGUGUUUUGUUUAAGAAAAAAAUAUAUGAUUUUGGUGAAAAGGAAGUGUCAUGGGCCUCCUUUUAAUCAAUGAUCUUAAAACCUUAGUUCUAUGAAUGAUGCUGUUGAAUAACUGUGAAGAUUUGGGGAAAACGUUCAUCCACACCUUUAUUUAUUAUCUGACCACCAAGACCUAUGUACUUCUACAUAGUGAAUUGUUUGUAUACUGAUGUCACAACUGAAUUAUGGUGUGGUGACCAAAUAAAUCUUAAAUGUU